AGAAGGGCGCAAAAAUCACAAGGAUGAAUAGGCUUUGAGAACAACAUUGACUAAAUGCUAAAGCGUAUCCGCGUCGGUGGCGGUUAAUCACUUUUUUAAAAGCUUGAAAGUAUUAACUAACGAGUGGGCGAAGCGUAAGAAAAAAAGAAAAACAUUGGGGGCGGCGAAGAUUUUGUUAGUUCCAUUUCGUCCCACUUAGCCGCGGUCGCCUAGCGACCGCAGUCAGGUGACUGUCUGCAGACAGAACAUGGCCGACCUGUCAGAAGACCAAUGAGGGAAAGGCCACACUUAGCAUAUUCGAUCAUUUGUUCGGCGUCUUUUCUCGUCGCGGUUGAAAGCGGCUCUUCGUGUGAGACGUUUUCGAGAUGAACGGGAUGCCAGAUAGGAUGUCGAACGGGAGUGAGCAUGUCGGAAACGAUGCUCAGGUUUGGGAGAGGCCGUGGACCCUGGAGGAGAUGCGGCACAACAGCGCCGACUGGUCGCUCGCAGCUGACUCGGGGCUCUUGUUGUUCCUUCAAGACUUCUCUCAGAGAAUGUUGUCCAAGACGCACGAGAUCGAAAAGCAGCUGGACAGCUUGAUCCGAGACACCAAGGCCACGGACAGCCGCCUAAACUCGGUCUUUAACGACUUCCUCAUGCUCUCCAAUACGCAGUUUAUAGAGAAUAGAGUGUAUGAUGAAGAGGUUGAGGAACCCACGCCCAAGACUGAUGCUGUGGAGAAGCAGCCUGAUCAGAAAACACGCGAGCAGAAAGAAGCCGAGCUGAUCCCCAAGAUGCAGGAAGCGGUGACUUACGGCUUAAAGGUGUUGGAGUGCGCCUUCGAGCACCUGGACAUCAAAGCGGGAAACUCGGACUCCGAGGAUGAGGAGGCCAACGACAGAGUGGAAGCGAUCCUGGAGCCUAAGGAUCUUUACGUGGACAGACCUCUUCCUUUUUUGAUUGGCUCUCAGGCCUUCAUGGAACAAGAGGACGUCGGCCUUGGUGACCUGUCUAGCGAUGAACUGUCAGUGGACAGCGAGAGAGACAGCGUAAUCGACAGCGAAGAUGGCAAAGAUGCAGAUAAUUCCGAUGAGGACUUUAUGCAGGAGGAGGAGGAUGUUCACCAUAGUAUGAAGAAGAAGUCAUCUAUGUUGAGCUAUGAAGAUGAUGAAGAUGAUUCUGAUAUAUUUGGGGAAUCGGACAAGGAGGAGGAGGAUGCAAAGAGCACAGGCCCGUCAUCCUUUGCCGACGAGCUGGCCGCCAGGAUCAAGGGCGAACUGGUCGGCAAACCAACUGGAGAUCGAGCCUCGUUAUCAUCAAGGAAGAAAAGUAAAAGCAGAAAAGAAGCAAAGCCUGUGAACUUGGAUGCACCAGCUGAAGACGACAGUGACGACAUGUUCAAACCUCCAAAAAUGGAUUAUGACGACGACGACGAUGACUUCUCGCCGUUUGGGGGGAAAAGUGGUCUCUUCAGUGGAGGGAAAGGCCUCUUUGAUGAUGACGACGAAGAUGAUCUGUUCUCUGAUGCACCAAAGCUUCCCGUGUCCAAACCGGAUAAGUCGCCAAAUGAAAGCAUCAAGAGCGCCACUCGACCUGCAGAACCUGACAAAACUGUCAAGAAAGGUCUACCUGGUGCCAUUUCUAAAUUUCCAGACAACAGCCUCUUCGGUCCAGUUGAUGACUUAAUGGAGAGCCGGGAGAACGGAGUGCCAACCGACAAGACCCACGUCACCCCGAAACCGGCCCCCGUCCUUGGUGGGCUGUUUGAUGAAGAGGAUGACGGCGAUGACGACUUCUUCAGUGGUAAAAGCCCGAAAAACUCUUCUACUGGUAAAGCUGCAAAGGAAAAAUCCAAACCCCAAAAGGUCCUUGACCUUUUCGACGAAGAUGACGAGGACGGGGACAUAUUUAGCGAGAAGGCAGCUCAGAGCAAGAUGGUGGAAGAGCCAGUUAAACUGCCAGAGAAGAAGAUGCCUGCAGGUGCCAUCUCCAUGUUUGGUCCUGUCACCCAAAAUGUACUCUCAGAGGGCCUGAAGAAACGUCAGCCCUCCCUCAGUGAAGAGUCUGAGAAAGCUGAAAAGAAUGGGUUGGUUCCAGAGGGUGGAACAACUGUCACUCAGACCCAGAAACACAUGGCAAGUAGCCUCUUCUCUGAUGACGAGGACACACGGAUAUUCCCAACGAUCCCCAGGAGUCAGUCUAACCCCCACACGACAAGUCAGAGCAGAAUCAACAAGCACCACGUGUCCUUAUUCGAUGAUGAUGAAGAAGAGGAUCUUUUUGGGUCUGCCUCUAAGUCGAAGCCAAAACCCUGUGCAGCUAAAACACCACAACUCAGUAAAGCUAUCCCCAGCUCCCUCUUCAGUGAUGAUGAGGGCCAGUGGAUAAGCCCCAAAGCAACCGUUGCCAAGCAGGAGAACAAGACGGGAGGAAUGAAGCCAAGCGCCAGCGCCCCCUCCAGCCUCCCAGGUGUAACAACGUUGCACAAAAGCAGUCUCUUUGAUGAAGAUGAAGAUGACCUGUUUGGUCCAGCUAAAGAGUCGAGUCAGAAGAAACCCCAGAGAGGUUCUCUCUUGUUUGAGGAUGAGCAUGAUGAGGAUAAAGGAUCCCUGUUUGGAAUCAAAACCGAUGAUGGCGCAAACGCAGCAGUGAAACCCAACUCCCUGUUAGACAAAUCACCAGAAUCUGCAGAUGCUAAGAAAAUUGUGAAAGGGAAACCGUCAGUGCCACAGAAACCGGUGGUGAAGCCCCCAGAGACCUUGCCGCCAUCAUCUGAGACCACCGAAUGUAAAAAGAAGCCCGUCGGAGCCGUCAACCUGUUUGGUGGCAUCGAUGUUCUGGCCCAAAAGCAAGCAAAGACUGUGUCUGAUGACGACAACGACAGCGAUUACAACGGCCCACCACCAAAUGUUAAGACCCAAACGAAAGUCAAAAGGAACGCUCUCAGUCUGUUUGACGACGACAAAGAGGAGGAUGAGGAGGAUCCCAUCUUCACCCCCAGUAAACCUACAGCCAGAAACACAGCAACGCCCGUAGAGCAGCGUCCGCAGUCAAAGAGCACUGGCGUGUUUCUGGAUGAGGAAUUGUUGUUUAGUCCCACCCAGCAGAAGGACAAUGAUCCAGACGUCGACCUCUUUGCCGCCCCGGAGAAGACCACAAGCGCCAAGCUCAGCUCCGUGAAGCCAGCGAUGCCGAGUUUCUUCUCCGAAGUCGAGGAGGACGACCUGUUUGGCCCCAGCAAGCCUCCAAAAGUAGCAGAGAAACCCAAGACGUCUAAAGACAUAGCGCCGCUAGUGAGCCCCGAAUCAGUUUCAGAUAUACAGAAAUCUACACCAAGUCCUGUAAAACCAAAAGAACCAUCAUCAAGGAUUGUCAAACUUCAAGCAAGUCUGAAGAUCAAUCCUGCUGCAUUUCUCCCUGGCUUAACCCCCACCAUGCCUGGGGCCAUAAGCGUGCUCCCGGGUCUGGAUCCCAGUUCCUCUUCUGGGGUCUCCAGCUCCAGCAUGAGCCCCAGUCCUGCUACGACGCCACUUGGAUCUCGAACGGACAGCGAGGCGGGAGUGAGCUUCGACACGCCACUCCAGGUUUCCAUGUUGCAAAAUGCAAACAAGGCUCGCAUCAGAGGUUCUGUACAUCGAAGACCACAGUCCAGAGCGGCAAGGCAAGCGUCUCAAAGAUCAGCGGAGGAACAAGAGGACUUUGCAGCUGCGAAGCCCUCUGUCGCCCCCUCCAGUUCAUCGUCAUCUGUCUUGCCACCACCAGGCCACUCGAACCAGCCUCGUCUCCCAGAUAAUGCCACUCCAAUUACAUCCUCACCUUUAACUGCUCAAAUCUCCACCAAGCCUUCUUCGCCGACGCUACCUGUACCCAACCAUGCCAAGAAGCAAUACUCUAGUAAGGACCGCAACCAAAGCGAAGUGCUGCCUCCCUUUGAGGAGGACGACAUUUUUGCUUCCGACAGCCUUUUCGGAUCUGUCACGAACAUCCCUUCCGCCAAGAAGGUUGAACAUCAGGCCGGGUCGGUAGCGAAGAAAGACAUAAGCAACCUCCCGUCCAUUUUUGACGACGACAAUGACGACCUCUUCCAAACGGUGAAACCAAAGUCAGCAGCAAAGACUGCCAAGGUGUCGCCCUUUUUGGACGACGACGACGACGACGACAUCUUUGGGUUGAAGAGCAGCUCAACGUCCACGUCCACGAGUAGCAGAGAUGUCAAGAGCAGCAACAUUUUCCCAAAGCAGGAUAUUUUGGAGGACGAUGAUGUUGUCUUGCCUGAAUCCCACAAAAUGGACAAGGACAAGUCCACCGACGUCAGUCUGUUUGACGACAACAUCGAUAUCUUUGCCGACCUGACAGACUCUUUCACACCAAAACAGAAGACCAAGGCCAAGGUGGCCAGCAGGUCCAUAUUUGAUGACGACAUGGAUGACAUUUUUGCACCAAGCACAGUCAAAACGGCGACAAAGGCGACUCCGAAAGCGAAGACUACGCCUCCCUCCCAGGAGGCCAACACAGCAGUGGACUCUUGUACCAUAUUUGACGAUCCGCUUAAUGCUCUCGGUAGGAAUUGAAGUGAAUUUGUACAAUUGUAGAUCAACUCCUGAGUAUUGUUUGAUCGCUGCACCCGCAAGAGAUUGGACACACUGCCGGAGUAUUUAUUGAUAUUCUUAUCAAUAUGAAGUCUUGAUUGAUGGAGUAUUUCCAAAUUCAUCCAUUUGUUGCAUCGCAUCCUUAUGUAACAUUUACUAAGUACUGUUAAUAAUAAUUAUACAUGAUAGCACUUUAUGAGCAUACCGUUGUGCUUAGCCUCAGCGCGUGGAGAAAUUCACAGUAGAUUGUUUUUUUUUUUUUUUUGGCUAUGCCAUGUUGAGAUUUCCUGUUUAUAGGUGCCAUGUCAUGUUUUUAUCAAUGCCCCGUCCUCCAUUGUCUUAAGCUUUUUCACCAUAUUUUUAUCAAUAAGAAAUUCAUCCAUUUCUUAACUUUUGCUGUUAUGAAAAGAAAUUUCGUUUUUAUGGACUAAAAUGAAACCUAUUUUAUACUA